AAAAUCAGCAAAUUGCGCUUAAUAUUAGGGGUAUCUUACCGAGUUCUGAUUAUAUAAAGUAUAUCUAUGGACCCGCGGCUAAGGGGUUGUACUUUGCGACGGAAGAUUUAUUCAAUUCCCGAUUUCCAUUAGAUAGUGAAGAUUGGGCAAAGAAAGCUAUACGUCUAAGCGUUCUCAAACUUGAUCCAGAUAACAAUCAGGCACGUGGUAUAACGUGUUAUGGAAAGAUAGAUUAUGGAAAAACAUAACCAUAUCUAGAAAAGAAGACCAUCACAAAAGAUUUGAACACGGGAGAAGUAACUAACACAGAUUAUCAUAAUCCGGCAUUUGAUUGCAGUUUUAGUCCCAAUCAAGGUGUGAGAGUUCAGAUAGCAAGUAAAGCUGACUUGAUGCAUACGCCAGGUCUUUACAUUGUUACGGAAGAAGAACAGGGCAUCAGUGAUUCUAUAUUUGUUUUUGUAUAUGGAAGAAAUGGAUGGUCAAAUUGGUCGCCUUGGUUUGAAUGCCUAUGUGAUACUACGAGUGGUACUUUCAAACAGUUUCAGUACCGAAGAUGCGAUUCUAUCAAUUUUCCAAAUGUUUGUAUGGAGGAUUUCGAAACAAGAUCUAAAGACUGUACACCGACAGCUGGAAAAAAGUGUCAAGUUGGAUGUGUGGUCGGUGAAUGGGGUCCAUAUCAAUGUACGCCAAGCUGUGGGACUAAUCUCCAAUGUACUAAAACAAGAAGCCCCACCCCAUCCAGUGGACCUUGCGAACCAUCAACACUUACUUUGACGACAGUUCAAGAUAACCCAUGCCCCACAAGUAACGGUCAAACACCGCAAGCGAUCGACGGAAGCGGGUCAUCUUCUGGAAAUAACGAACCUUCUGGAAACAAUCAACAUGCUGAAAAUAACCAACCUACUGAAAAUAACCAACCUACUGAAAGUAACCAAUCCGCUGAAAAUAACGAACCUGUUGGAAAUAAACAACCUGCUGGAAAUAACAAGCCUACUGUCAAUAAGCCACCUGCAGAGGAUAAUUCCCCCGGAGGUUUAGCAGCAAUGACAGGUCCAAUCAUCGGAGGUGUACUUGUAGGCGUAUUAGUUGUGAUUUGCUGUUGUAUUGUCAUAAUAAGAAAGAAAAUGGAAGCAGCUGAAUUACAAAAACGAGCAGCUCAUCCUCAUGAAUUGGAUGGUUCAGAUGAGAGUGAUGACGACACUGACUCUGAUUCUAAUUUGAAAGCCCAGCCGGUAAAGAGUGGCUUCCAUGGACGAGGUCGUGGACGAGGUCGUGGACGGGGUCGUGGACGAGGACAUGGGCAAGGUCGUGGACA